GUUUAUGGUUUCCUUCAUUCGGGCAUUUUUCAUUCGACUGUUUGUUUGAUUAUUUUACUUCGAUAUUUCGUGGUCUUCUACAUACAGUAGUAUGUAAUUUUUACUGUUUUCAGUGUUUUGAUAGUGUGGUGUUGAGGAUCACCCUCGAUUCGGAAGUGAAAACAUCAUGGAUACGCCGUCAAUGGAAACUAUAUACCAGGCCAUAAGUGCUCUCUACGAUAACUCCAAUGCUAAUGAUAAGGAAAUUAAAGAAAAGGCUUCCAAAUGGCUAGGAGAAGUGCAAAAAUCGAUUCAUUCAUGGAAAAUAGCUGAUGAGCUGUUACAACAGAAGAAGGAUAUCCACUCGUGUUAUUUUGCUGCUCAGACAAUGAGGUCAAAAGUGCAGCAUAACCUAUCAGAGCUUCCUGAAGAGGCCCGUGCUUCUCUCAGGGACUCCCUUAUAGCCCAUUUAAGAGGAGACAUGUCAGAAACUAGUCAAGCCAUCCUCACGCAACUGUGCCUGGCCCUAGCUGACCUAGCAUUACAAAUGCCUACAUGGAAGAACUGUACUAGUGACCUAAUAAAAUCAUUUUCAGACAGAAGUAACCCAGCGUUAUUAGAAAUUUUAACGGUACUACCGCAAGAAAUAGACUCUUCCAGUUUGAAAUUAGGAGAAAACCGACGUGAAGAUAUAAGACAGGAAUUACGGACAAAUACUGAUCUAGUUACUAUGUUUUUGAAAGAAAGCAUUACGAGUACACAGAACACACAGCUAGCACUCAAAAUUAUAAAAUGCAUGACAUCAUGGAUACAUGUUAGGGCAGUGAACAUUCAAGAAAUUCCUCAGAAUGCCGUAAUAGCAUACUGUUUGCAAGUUCUAAGAGAUUACAAUUGUAUAAACACGCUACACGAUGCAGCAUCAGACUGCCUGUGUUCAUUGCUGCACACUCUAGAAGAAAAUAACAAUAAUGAAGAGAUAGAAAGACUAUUAUUUGAUAGCAUAGCAGCUUUAGAAGAGUGCUAUCACUUGGCUGUGGCUCAUGAAGAAGAGGACAAAGCUUCAAACUUUGCUAGGAUCUUCACAGAAUUGGCAGAGACAUUCUUGGAAAAGAUCAUUUCUGCCACAUCAACAGGGCAGACCCACUUUGCAAUGAGAUCACUAGAGUUGGCCCUAGUAUGUGUUGGACAUCAUGAUUAUGAGGUAGCUGAGAUUACAUUUAAUCUAUGGUACCGUUUGUCUGAAGAUGUCUACCGCAGGGACUAUCAACCUCUAACAGACGCAUUUAAACCGCAUAUAGAGCGCCUCAUUGAGGCUCUGGCGAGGCAUUGUCAGUGCGAGCCUGACCGCACACAGCUUCUGGAUGAAGGGGAUGAUUUCUAUGAGUUCAGAGUGAAGGUGAUGGAACUGAUCAAAGAUGUGGUGUUUAUAGUGGGCUCGAGCUCUGUGUUCCGGCAGAUGUUUGCCACAUUGCAGGCUGACCUGUCCUGGGAGCGCACUGAGGCUGCACUCUUUGUCAUGCAAGCUGUUGCCAAAAAUAUAUUGCCGGACGAAUAUGAAUAUGUGCCAAAAGUGGUGGAAGCAAUACUGUCCAUGCCUGAAGGUGCUCACCCGGCAGUUCGGAAAACGUGCAUUCUGCUCUUGGGAGAGCUGUGCGACUGGAUCGAGCGGCAUCCUACGUGCCUGGAGCCUUGUCUGCAGACCUUAGUGACGGCUUUGCAGGAGCCCAAAUUGGCUCCAGCAGCUGCUACUGCGUUACAAAACAUCUGUAAGGCCUGCAGCAAGGAGGCGGCCUCCCACGCCGUGACGUUGCUCCGCGCGACACGACACCUGGACAGCCUGGCGCUGCCGCCCGGCGCCGGCGCCUCGCUGGUGCGCGCGAUGGCCAGCGCCCUCGCCUCGCUGCCGCAGGACCAGCUGACGGUGGCGAUGCGAGAAGCCGCCUCCAUCCAACUCGGCACGCUGAAGGAGAUCGUGUCCGGCAGCGGCGGCGACACUGACCCCUGCCCCACGCUGGACCUGCUGGCGGCGCUGUUCCGCGAGCUGUCGCCGCGCAAGGCCGAGGCCUGCGUGCCCGCGCUCGGCGACGCCUGGCCAGUGCUGCACGACGUCCUGAUCAAGUACCAGGCGGACGGGCGCGUGAUGGAGCGCGGCUGCCGCGCGCUGCGGUUCGCGCUGCGCUGCUGCGCGCGCCGCGCCGCGCCGCUGCUGCCGCACCUGGCGCGCGCCAUGGCCGACAUCUACGCGCGCCACCAGCACUCGUGCCUGCUCUACCUCGCCAGCAUCCUGGUGGACGAGCUGGCGCACGAGCCCGCCUGCGUGCCCGACCUCAUCGACCUGCUCAAGGCGCUCAUGCCGCGCGCCUUCGACCUGCUGCAGCGCGAGAACGGCCUCAAGGACAACCCGGACACCGUCGACGAUCUCUUCAGGCUGUGCAUCAGGUUCCUGCAACGCAUCCCCCUAGAGUUUCUCUCAUCGGGUGCGAUGCCGGCCGUGGUGCAGUGCGGCACGCUGGCCACGGCGCUGGACCACCGCGAGGCCAACUGCUCGGUCAUGAAGUUCCUGCUCGACCUGGUCUCGCGGGCCACCACUACCCGAGAACAGAACAAGGAGAUCAAAGUGCUAGCGGACGCCAUCCUGGUCGAGUACGGCGGGUCGCUGGCGUACGCGCUGCUGGAGUCGAGCGUGCUGCACCUGCACGCGUACAUGCUGGGCGAGGGCAGAGAAAUGCAAGGAAAUGACGCGAUUACUGCGAGACUUCGCGAGGUUGUACCGGUAACUGCCAGAAAACUCUCAGCUCACCGCAACGGUGAACCUAGAACAACAUUAAUUGUAUUGAAUAGAAUGGAUGAAAAUUUAAAAGUUACAUUACAUUAUUUCGGAAAACUGACAACUACGAAUGUGGUUUAUAAUUAUGAAAGUCAUAUAGACAAAUUAUUUUACUUUGAGUCUGGUGGAGUAGAUACAACACUGAUCCAAAGAUUGGAAUGAAAACAUAAUAAUAAAAUAACUAAUUUCAAUUACUUCAGAGUUUGCAAUGACGACGCGACGGAUUGAUAUACAAAAUGGAAACUAUGAACUUAUUGAACAGGUUCACUAAAUAAUUACAGUACCUAUGUACUUUAACCAGACUGUUUGGAACAUUGUAACUAUAGUAUUUGGGCCUAGAACUACUUCAGGCUUUCCCUAUUCAAUAAAUAAAUAUUAUGAACAAGCAAUAAUGACGAAAGAUGCUUUAUUCACUGUCAAACUCAUGGUUAUUUUGACACAAUAAACUGGAAAAUAAAAAUUAUUCCACUGUAGUAAUUUCACUACUUCUCUGAAUUAUUGACGACUGUGAAAGAUUGAUUUGAGUUUUAUGUGUUUCGAAUGAAACCAAUGAAUCAACUCGGUGCGAGUUAGGUAAGUAUGCAGUUUUAUUUCUAAGUAAAUAUAUUUUGUUAUAUACUCUCUUUUAUUUCAAAUGUGAUUUCAUUGUAAAUAUUUAUUAAAAAUGUUUACUUUA